CUAGUGAGUGUGAGAACCACUGUCCAGGAUGAAACAUCCAAGCUCCAUGAUUACAUCAAGGAGAAGGCUCCAACGGAUGACGUACUCAGAGAAUGCCUCAGACAAUGGGGAACAGAGGAUGAGGCGCUGGAAGAGGGACCAUCAUGGGAGGACAAGCCCCUACACGGGAUGUACCACCGGACCAUAACUGAAGUGGCCGAUCUCAAGAAGUCCCAUCAGUGGCUAGAGAGGGCUGGCCUGAAGGACAGCACAGAGGCACUCAUCCUGGCUGCUCAGGAGCAGGCCCUGAACACCAGAGCCAUUGAGGCCCAGAUAUACCACACCAGACAAGACCCAAGGUGUAGGUUGUACAAAGAGGCACCUGAGACGAUCCAACACAUAACUGCAGGGUGUAAGAUGCUGGCAGGGAAAGCCUACAUGGAACGCCAUAACCAGGUGGCUGGCAUAGUCUACCGAAACAUCUGUGCGGAGUAUGGACUGGAAACCCCAAGGUCAAAAUGGGAAACACCUCCGAAGGUGGUGGAGAAUGACAGAGCGAAGAUCCUCUGGGACUUCCAGAUCCAGACUGACAAGAUGGUAAUGGCGAACCAACCAGAUAUCGUGAUCAUAGAUAAAGGGAAGAGGAAAGCCGUUGUAGUGGAUGUAGCGGUCCCAAGUGAUGGAAACAUCAGAAAGAAGGAACACGAGAAACUCGAGAAAUACCAAGGGCUCAGAGAGGAGCUGGAGAGAGCCUGGAAGAUCCCGGGAACAACAUCGGACAUCUCAGUCCAGAAAUGUGCAGUGCUGGGAACAGCAAGGAUACUGCGCAGAACCCUCAAGCUUCCUGGCCUCUGGUAGAGGACCCGAGCUGAAUGAGGGGGGACCC